UUUACGGAUGUUCAGUGAACGCCUCCCUCAGCGUUCCCUAACGGAGCUCGAGGAGAAAACAUCUGUUUAGAGCGAUGUUCCUACUGGAGGAAACCAUUCAUGUUCCAGGGACAGUGGACUGUCUGGGGCUGUGUUGGACAUUUUCUCAUUAAAACUUAAAGCGGUGGGAACUUUCGCUUCGAGCGAAACUUGUUUCUACACACAGGACAGAUGGACCAAGCAGAGGUGUUGGAUCAGAUCUCCUCAUGGAUGAGUGAAGAAGGUCUCGCUCCCAACUCCUCUAAGGAGGACUGGCUGUGUUUUAUGUGGCUCACGCUCCAGCACACAAAGAAACGUCUCAGCAAUGUGACAAAAGACCUGGAAACGAACCGAGCAAAACACUUAGCAGAAAUGGCCGAGGUACGGAAAUCUCUGGGGCAGAUCCGAAUCUUUACGGAGCAAAAAGAUGCUUUAGCUCAAGAGAUCCAAGAUGAGAAUGAUCAGCUCAGGAAGCAGCUGCAGCACUUGAUAUCACUUCAAGAUGCUCAGAUAAGUGAGGUGGCUAAGAUGCUGUACCAGCAAGGUCUCACAGAGCUGAUUCACAGCAGUCCCAGUGAACAGGUGGCUUACCUUCUAGUGGAGAGGGAUUCCUUACUGGAAACCAACGAAGAUCCUUCCAAGUUGUCAGGUGAUGGAAACCUCCAAAGCUCUUCGGGGACACAAGCAGUGAACGCCGCUGUCUGCCAGUCUACCCACAAGAGAGCACCACAACAUUUGCAGAACGCCUGGAAGAGACUAUUUGGAUUCCACCGCAGGCAUGCGUUUAUGCCUCCUGAGGCCACAUCUUUGGCUGGUCAAGCCUGUAGUUUGGAGAAGCAGUGUUCCCGCCUGGAGCGGGAUGUGGAGGAGGGUUCCCGGAGACUGGCCAUGUCCCACAAAGAGAUCCGACGCUUGACUGAUGAGCUAGAGUCUGCUCAUCUCACCCAAAAGGCCUAUGAGCCUGAGCUGCAGUCAGCACAGCAGGAAGUGGAUCACCUCAGAGAGGAAGUAGAACAUUUGAAGAAAUAUGAAAUGGCAGAACUGCGGAAGACUAAAGAGCUGAAUGAUCGUCUAGACCAUGAGAUCAGAGCUUUAAGAAACAGGGUUCGCUUCCUGGAUGCUGAGAAAAAUGCCGUGCAGCAGACGGUGGCGUUUCUACAGGAGGAGGUGGAGAAGCUAAAGUCUGAGCAGCAGGAGGGCCAGACUGGGGAGACAAAAGUCCGCCCACACAAGGAAACGGAUGAGGUUAGAUACCCAAGAAUAAAGGCAGAGCAGCUGGAGUCGGCUCUGCAGGAACAGCAUCAGAAACUUCACACCGUUCAAGCUAAAGCUAACCAGGUUGCUGAAGUAACCAAAGUGGACUCUCUACAGAAGGAGGUGGAGCUGCUGAAGUCAGCCCUGCAGCAGCAGCAGACCGACUGCAGGGAAACAAAUCUGAUUCGGAGAAAUGAAACUGGCAGAGAUGAACACGAAAAGCUGAAAACUGACACAGAAUGCUCUGAGAAUCAGUCAGAGAUGCGGUGUCUUCAGCUUGUGGACCACAGAGACCAGAAUCACCUCACAGCUAAAAUCUGCAUCAUGGAUCAAAAGGUGAACAAGCAAAACGAGGCAGAUCGGCAGCUUAGUAAAAACACAUCGUUAACAAAGGAGCAUCAGAAACAACUGUGGGAAGAAAACAUGCCUUUAAAGGAGUGUUCUGGCUGUCAGGAGCUGCGGAAGACUCUGUCGCCUAUUCAAGAGGAGUGUGAGUCUUUAAAGAAGGAAAUCUGUGAAACUCUUAAAUGUCUCGACAAAGAGCGAAGUAAAUACCACAGCAUGAAGGAGAAGUACAAAGAGAAAGUUUGUCAAGCUGAGCACAAGUUUGAUGAUGAAACCUCACGGCGGGACGAGAAGAUAAAAAAUCUAGAGAGGAACUUGUCUUUGUGCUCACACUCAUUAACCAAGAUGUUUGGAUCAAAAUAUGAACCAAUCAGAUCUUAGAUCAGGUGAGAGCCAGGAGUUUCCCAUCAUCCCCUAAGUUUUGCAGCCGAGGGAGAGCAACUGCAGCGCCUUGUUACAAAAUCUGCGGCCGCCUUGAUCUCACGAGAUAUCGUUGCCUACGUAUGCAUGACGUCAGAGCAAGACACAAAUCUAACCAGCAUGCACUGCUCGCCGGUCACCGCUGAUCUAAUCUGCGCAGAACUGGCUUAUCUCGAGCACAGCCAUUUUAACACUAGUCAGAAGACAGGAACCGCCCCCUCCUCCUUCGCUGCUCUCUCAUUAGCUGAGAGUUUAAUAGUCUUCUGCCUAAAAGGAAAUAUGCACCCACACAUAUGAUACACCUGCUUGGUCCUAGGACUCUUGUAUUAACUUGAUAUUGUGUUCUGCGUUACCAUGGCAGUGUGCUUAGCAACAACAUUUUAUAACAUUUUAGACACAACUGUAUCAACAUACUGUAAAAAUAGAAAUGUUAUUCGAAGUUUAAAAGAGUCAUGUGACAUUGUACAUUGCUUUAUCAAUGCAGACUCCUGUCAUCUGUUACCAUGGCAACACAAGGACCUACAAAUCACUUUUCAUAGGAAUGAAUAUAAAAAGCUGAAUAUUGAGCCAAUAACAGACUUCUGUUUUUGAUCUUUUUGAACUAUCUGUACUUAAAACUAGAAACAAGUUAAAUUUGAUUGACCGUCAGAAGGUGGGAAAGUGCCCCACUCCCUCCCACCAGCUCCCUGAUUGGUUGAGAGAGGUCAAUCAUCUUCUGGCUAAAUGGACUUACACACCCACACAUGCGAGACAUCAAAUCGAUUGGCUUGGCCUAAGGAAUCCAUCUAUCCACAUAUAAAUCCAUACAUGCUUCUAUCCAUCCAUCAUCCAAUAAACCUUCUAACAUCCAUCCAACAAUCCAUCUGUUAUUUCAUUCAUCCAACCAUUCAUCCAUCCCAUAUCAAGUCUGAACAUAUGUUAAUCAGUUUCAGAUAUCAGUAAAUAGUUCUAAAUUCACAGUUCAGCCAAUUGUAAAAAUGUACCCGUUAAACUAUUCUCAUUCAAAUGACAGCUGUUUAACAUUCAAAUUUCGAGUUUAUAAUUAAUGUUCAAAGAUUAAAGUUUUCUGCUGUUUAGCAGUUUUUGUCCAUUCUUCACCUUUAUUCUGAGCUUUAUUACACUUGGUGAUUUUUGCUUCUAAAUCUUUAAAUACAUUCAGCUCAUUUUGACAGUUUAGCUUAGUUUCAGCUUCACGUCAGCUAUUCAACAACUUCGGCAAUCAGUUACCAAAUUUAGCAUAAGCUGCUAAAUGUAAAGAUUAAACUGUUAAACUUGUCCAACUGAAAUAACAAGUGUUUAGACACUUUAGCUGUCCAGAUUUGUAUACAAUGUUUACAGAUUUCAGUUUCAGCAGGGCUGAUGACUAAUGAAUGAAUAUGAAUGA